AUGGCAGCACUUUCGUCAAUUUACGGUAAAUAUGACUGUGCCAACGCAUCUACAUAUGCAUACAAUGAGAAAGGCGAAAGAAUAUUUGUUGGUGAAAAUGGCAUAAUACGGAGAUGGAUCGACGGAUCAAACAUAAAGUUGUGGAUUGACGAAAACACAUUUCGGGAUCAGAUGGAAGCAAAUCAAGCUUAUGAUGCCACCGACCAGGCUGCAGCUAGAUGGACAAGGAUUGGCAGCCAAGUUGACGCGCCUGUCCAUUUUUGGAUGGUAUCACCUCCUGAGAAAGCUAAGGUAGUCAUGAGAUUCUCACCCAACCCGGAGAAGCCCACGUGGAUAGCAAGCACACUCUUGCCACGGGAAGGGGAAAUCCCGCUGUGGAUAUACCCACGAUUUUUCACCUAUGGGGCUGCAGGUCAGGCUGGAAUCCUAGCGCAUGAAAUGGGGCACAUAAUGGGUCUACGCCACGAAUUUCUCGAGCCUGCCCUGUCGCCCAAAUUUCAAGUUGGCCCAAUCAAUCCAACGUCCGUCAUGUCGGAUACUUUACCAUAUACGAUACAGGAAACCGACAGGGCCUUAUUAAAGGUAUUUUACGAAAUGCAUUCUUCUCCGAGUGAAGAUUUUAAGUUUGAAAUCAUCCCUAUAGACGUGUAA